AUGGCUUUAGGAAACACCCAGCGAAGUUAUUCCAUCAUCCCAUGUUUCAUCUUUGUCGAGCUUGUCAUCAUGGCUGGGACCGUUCUGCUCGCCUACUACUUCGAGUGCACUGACACUUUCCAGGUGCAUAUCCAGGGUUUCUUCUGUCAGGAUGGAGAUUUGAUGAAGCCUUACCCAGGAACGGAGGACGAGAGCUUUAUUUCACCUCUGGUGCUGUAUUGCGUGCUGGCUUCGACCCCGACAGCUAUUAUUUUUAUCGGCGAGAUCUCCAUGUAUUUCAUAAAGUCAACCCGAGAAACCCUGAUUGUCCAGGAGAAAACUAUCUUGACCGGAGAGUGCUGUUACCUGAACCCAUUACUUCGAAGAAUUAUACGGUUUAUAGGGGUGUUUGCAUUUGGACUUUUUGCCACUGACAUAUUUGUAAAUGCUGGCCAGGUAGUGACCGGGAACUUGGCUCCUUACUUCCUGACGGUGUGUAAACCCAACUACACGGGGAGCGACUGCCGGGCUCACCAUCAGUUCAUAAACAAUGGGAAUAUCUGCACCGGGGACCUGGAGGUGAUUGAAGAGGCAAGGAGAUCCUUUCCAUCCAAACAUGCUGCUUUGAGCAUUUACUCAGCCCUUUACGCCACGAUGUACAUCACAAGCACAAUUAAAACAAAGAGCAGCAGACUAGCAAAGCCUGUGCUGUGUCUGGGGACCCUCUGUGCUGCCUUCCUCACCGGGCUAAAUCGAGUUUCCGAGUAUCGAAACCACUGUUCGGAUGUGAUUGCAGGCUUCAUCUUGGGAAGCGCGGUAGCGUUGUUUCUGGGAAUGUGUGUUGUCCAUAACUUUAAAGGAACACAUGGAGCUCCUUCUAAACCGAAGCCUGAAGAUCCCCGAGGGAUGCCCCUCAUGGCUUUUCCAAGAGUGGAAAGUCCCCUGGAGACACUGAGUGCACAGAAUCACUCUGCCUCUAUGACUGAAGUAACCUGA